UCAUGAUGGCGUCCUAGAAGAAGGUAGCGUUGAAUCUUCCACACGAAAUUUUUGAUUUGCAACGUCAUCUGCGCAUGCAUGUGCCUUGUUCAUUCCAUCUACAAUCAAAUGAUGAGAUCAACCGACCUAGCAAUCUUAGCGCAUAUCGCUUGAUCAUAACGCUAUCAUAGUAGCCAUCUACAGUUAUGAUCACCCUGUCGAAGAAGCUUAAAAAAAGCUCAGAGAACAACAAUACGGACACCGCUCACAAUGUGGUCCCUGACGGCAUCCGCAGAGCUUCUGUACGAGACAAACUCCUCGUCCGAGAAGUUCAAGAGAUGGAAGCCAAUCUCCCAUGCACUUGCACUGUGAAAUUUGAUGAUCCAGACGUUUUGCACCGCUUCGAGCUCAUCAUCAUGCCUGAAGAAGGCUACUGGCAAGGUGGACGAUUUGUUUUUCCCGUUGAAGUCCCAGAGGAUUAUAACAUGGUUCCCCCCAAGGUGAAGUGUCAAACCCGUCUAUGGCACCCCAACAUCAACGAAGAGGGCAAUGUUUGCCUAAGUUUGCUGAGGCAGAAUUCCAUCGACGGCAUGGGAUGGGCACCAACACGAACUCUGAAAGAAAUAGUGUGGGGUUUGAAUUCUUUGUUCACCGAUCUUCUUAACUUUGACGACCCUCUCGAUAAUGAAGCGGCCGAACAUUAUCAGAGGGACAAAGAAAGUUUCAAAGCCAAAGUCAAGGAUUACGUUCAGAAGUAUGCAAAGAGGUGAAUGGGUUCUUUUUCUUUUUGUUUCUUUUUCUUCAUUGUAUGUAGAUGCGUGAAUUUACUCACCUCUCACCCUUUUAUUCGCAGUGUGCGUAUUUGAAAUACUGAAAUAAGUAUGUCAUGUUGCCCUCAUGUAUCGAUAAAUGAAAGCAUUUCACCGAAUUUGCAACUGUCGCAUAUUAUAAUAUUAAGUAGACAUGCUAAAAGCCUUAUGAUGAUAAUGAGUGAUUUUAUUGUGCAGUAAUGUGCCGAGGCAGAAUGACUGUUAUUGAAGUAAAUCUAUUGGAUGGCAUAGCUUUCACUGUUAAAUAUGUUCUUCCCCGAGGAUUGUGGUGUGAACUCUAUUUUCUUUUUUGCAGCAUUUGAAUAUAUAAAUUCUCAUGUGGA